AUGAAAUUUAUCUAUGAUUUAUCCGGUUGGGAAGGUUCGGCUACCGAUUCUAGGGUACUACGAGAUGCAGUUACAAGGAAUAAUGGUUUAAAAGUCCCAAUGGGUAAUUACUAUUUGGCUGAUGCAGGAUAUGUCAAUGCUAACGGAUUUUUGGUACCAUAUAGAGGUACUAGAUAUCAUUUACGAAAAUGCGAACACACUGGUCAUACACCUACAAAUAAGGAAGAACAUUUUAACAUGAAACACUCACAAGCUAGGAAUAUCAUACAAAGGUGUUUUGGUAUUUUGAAUAAACGUUGGGCCAUAUUACGAACUCCUUCUUUCUAUCCAAUAAAACUUCAAGGAAGAAUGGUCAUAGCAUGUGCUUUGCUACAUAAUUUUAUUAGGAUGAACAUGGUUCUUGAUCUGGAAGAAAACACAACACUCACACUAGAAGAUAUGCCUAUAGGGGAAGAGCAAGUUGAAUCUAUUGAUGUUGGUGAAUCAGGUAAUGAGUGGACUCAGUGGAGAGAUGACAUAGCCCAAGAGAUGUUUCAGUCGUGGAUGUCAAGUAGAUGA